AUGUCCUCCUCCGCUUCCUCCCAUCGCGACUCGCGCGACCUCAUCGACCGCUCGCACAAAGCCACCGACCCCCUCGGCACCCUCACCUUCGUCGGCCUGCGUGGCGCCGAUCCCUUCCUCCAAUACCGCAUCCUCAAGUACAACUGGGGCAACGCGUUGAUCGAGCGGCUGGGCAGCACCACGCUGCCCAGCGGCCCGGCAUGGAUCACCAACACCGCCCUUGACCGCCUGGCCCUGAGCCCCUACCGCAGCAUCCUGCUCGCCAUGUGCGUCGGCAGCGUGCUGAAGCAGAACAUCCACCAUCUGUGGGUGCGGCAGGAAAGGAUGGACGUCGCCGCCUCGGCGGCCGUGGGCGCGCUCAACGCCGGCCUCAACUCCAUCAACUCCCUCCUCUUCAUCUGCUCGCACACCUCCGCUUCCGUCAACGGCGAACACUUUCCCCAGACGCCGCUCAUCGUUGGCUCGACGCUGUACGUCCUCGGCUUGUCGCUCGAGUUCAUCUCCGAGUUACAGCGAUCGGAGUUCAAGGGGGACACUGCGAACAAUGGCAAGAUCUACUCGGGAGGCCUGUUUCGAUUGAGUAGACACAUCAACUACUUCGGCUACACGCUGUGGAGGGGCGGAUAUGCGCUUGCGGCUGGUGGGUGGGUGUGGGGGGCCACAGUCACCGCUUUCUUUGCCUGGGACUUUGUCACUCGUGCCAUCCCCGUCCUGCAAGACUACCUCCGAGAGAAGUAUGGUGCACAGUACGCGGCGUACGAGAAGAAAGUUCCGUACAAGUUCGUGCCGUACCUUUAUUAG